CCCGAGGCAGAGGUUGUCUGGCUGUGGUGGAAGGCGAGAGCUGUUGACUCACAUAUAACAUACUGUCGACCAGUGCCAGGCUAUCCUCGAUAUGCUGGCAACCUCCGCUCGCCUUUCUCCCAAGGGCCGGGCGUCGAGCAGCAGAUCCCCUUCGGCACUCGAGUUAAGGGCCGCCUCCGUGAACUCCCUCAGCUCGAACAGGUCCUUCCCCGGCGUCGCCUUCGAGGGCUUCGUCAGCGAUGCGGAGGGGGACAGCAGCUUCCUAGGGGGCGGAGUGAGGCUCGGCGUGGGCAACGACCCCUUCCAGAACAUGAAUGACUUUUACUUCACCCCGAACAUCACCGUCUCUAGCGAAACUCGGUCGUGCGUGGACCUCCUGCCGUCCGGGAAGAAAGAUCUCGCGGACGAGUUCGGGUCGGUUGGCGAUGCCUUGUUUUUCACCGACUCGACGUCCAUGAACGAGAUCCAAAAUGGCGAGGCUCAGACGGACUUCGACGCGGCGCUGGACUACCACCGAAGGAUGUCGGUCAGCAUGGAGGAGAUCAAUCUGUCCCGGGACUCGCGUGAGGAGGACAAGACUUCCAAGACGGUCGAAGCCAUUAAGCACUCCCAUCACAAUUACACCAAGACUAACAUGAACAUACUUUCAACGCCCCUUAAUGAGACGGCAGAUAAGAGCACGAUGAAGAAUUCGCUCUACAGCACUUUUGCAGCUAUCGAGGAAAUGAUGGUCUCUCCACUGAAGAGCUUCCACGAGAAAGUGAGGAAAAGGCUGAAGAAGAUGACUUCCCCGAUAAAUCAUAGAUACGAGAGCUUUACGGAGAGUCCAGGAGCCGGCGACAAGUCCAAGGAGAGCGACUCCACUGAGGAAGAGUUCUUCCCCGGAGGACUUCGCUUGGAUGCAGACGAGUCCGAGCAGCUGGAUAGCACCUUCGUCUUCAUCGAGGAGGUCGUAUCAAAGGAUCUCGGAGGACCAGUUCGGACUUGGAGGCGCAGGGAGGACGAGGUUUACGGGUGCAGCGUGACGGGCGUCGCAGAUGACCAGCUGGUGACGCCGAGGACCCCCUGGCACUCCCCGAUCCGAGACCUGAAGACACAGGACCAGGGGGGCUUCCCGAACAUUUCGUGGUCCUCCCCCGGUGUGACAGAGCUCCUAACCAGCCCCGGGACCUCGGGUACUCUUGAGAGGAGCAACAGCGUGAGGGGAUACCUGUGUCGCAUCUACGUCCCGUCGUGGUUAGUCUGGCGGCCCAAACUCUUCGCCUUCGUGUGCGAGUUCGAGCGUCACGCCGGCCUCAAUUCCUUCGUCGAUCUCAUGCUGGAAGAACCGAACCCAGAGGAACACUGGCACGUCGUCCGCUCGAAAGACAUCACUCCUCCAGAGGUUGGAGAAGAGCGGGUGAUCCACGUCCCGCGGGGGAUGGUCUGGGUCCGCACUUCCACUUCGGGAUUCCUCACGACGAAGACUCGCUUGAAGGACAUCGCCCACCACAGGCCUCUCCCGUGUACCUGGAGGGCCGUUACGGGGAAAUCCAAGCUCGUGAGGGUUCAGAAAUCUCGAGGGAGGAACUUGGUUGAUAAUUGAUAAUAUAUAGUUUUUUUUUUUAUGUUUCUUGAAUGAAUUAUGUUCUUAUAAAGUCCUCUGGUAAAACUAUUUUUUGUUGGUAUUUAUCAGUCUCUUAUUCAUAUUGUCAUUUUAGCGUUUUCGGUUUCAGAAUCUUGUUUUUUAGAGAAUAUAGUAGAAAAAUUGUACUAUAGUUUUCACUAGUUAUUAUUAUUAUUAUUAUUUUAUAAACGUCUCCUUGCCUUAACAUAUAUGAACAUUUAUAAAAUUGUAUACUUUUCUUAUAAUUUCAUACAAAUUAACACGUUUUCUUAAUAAAGUUCUAGUAAAUU